AUGUCUGCUGCUAAAGAAGAAUCAAGAUAUUCUACAGAAGUACUUUCCGAAUUAUUAAGCAAAUUACAAGUUGCUGAUAAUAAAGAUGAAGCUGCUUCAAAUAUUUCUUCAUUUUUAAAUUCAUCAAUUGUUGAACAUGAUGUUCCAGUUGAAUUCUUUAAAGAUUUAAAAAAACAAAUUACAUCAAAAGACGGUAAUACUUCAAUUGCUGCUUUAGAAGCUUAUAAACAUAUCUCAUCAUCAAAUGGUUUGACACCAUCAGUUGAACCUUACGUUGUUGAAUUAGUUUCCGAAGUUGCUACCAGAGCUGGUGAUAAAGAUAAAAAUAUUCAAUCAACUGCUGCUCAAGCUUUAUUAGCUAUUGCAAGUGCUAUUACACCAACUGCUGUUAAACAAAUUUUACCAAAAUUGAUUGAAAAUUUAAAAUCAACCAAUAAAUGGACUGAAAAAGUUGCCAUCUUAGCUGCUAUUUCACAAUUAGUUGACACUGCUAAAGCUCAAAUUGCAUUAAGAAUGCCUGAAUUAAUUCCAGUUUUAUCAGAAACUAUGUGGGAUACUAAAAAGGAAGUUAAAGAAGCUGCUACUGCUACCAUGACUAAAUCAACUGAAACCAUUGAUAACAAAGAUAUUGAGAAAUUCAUUCCAAAAUUAAUUGAAUGUAUUGCUAAACCAACUGAAGUUCCAGAAACUGUUCACUUAUUAGGUGCUACCACUUUUGUUUCAGAAGUUACCAUGGCUACUUUAUCAAUUAUGGCUCCAUUAUUAUCAAGAGGUUUAGCUGAAAGAGAUACUGCUAUUAAACGUAAAGCUGCUGUUAUUGUUGAUAACAUGUGUAAAUUAGUCGAUGAUCCACAAGUUGUUGCUCCAUUUUUAAGUACUUUAUUACCAGCUUUAAAAGCUAACUUUGCUAACAUGGCUGAUCCAGAAGCUAGAGAAGUUACAAACAAAGCUUUAAAUACUUUAAGAAGAGUUGGUGCUGUUGGUGAAAAUGAUAAAAUCCCUGAAGUUUCAACUGCUGGUGAUAUUGAAGUUACAUUGGGUGAAUUAAACAAAUUAUUAGCUGAUCAAAAAAUUGCUAAAAGAUUUGAUGUUGCAUUAACUUAUAUUGCUGCUAUUGCCGGUGAUUUAGUUGAUGAAAGAGAAAUUCAACCAGAAGCUUGGUUAUCAAACGUUUUACCAUUUGCUACUAUCUUCUUACAUGAAAAAGAAGCUAAAGAUAUUAUUGAAGAAUAUAGAAAAAGAGCAAUUGAUAACAUCCCACAACCACCAUCAUUUGAAGAUGAAGAAGAUGAAGGUGAAGACUUAUGUAAUUGUGAGUUCUCAUUAGCUUAUGGUGCUAAAAUCUUAUUAAACAAAACUCAAUUUAGAUUAAAAAGAAACAGAAGAUAUGGUUUAUGUGGUCCAAAUGGUGCUGGUAAAUCUACUUUAAUGAGAGCUAUUGCUAAUGGUCAAGUUGAAGGUUUUCCAACUCAAGAAGAAUGUAAAACUGUUUAUGUUGAACAUGAUAUUGAUGGUACCGAAGCAGAAACUUCUGUUUUAGAUUUUGUUAUUACUGAUGGUGACGUUGGUUUAACUGACCAAGUUGUUCGUGAAAAAUUAACUGAAUUCGGUUUCUCAGAAGAAAUGAUUGUUAUGCCAAUUCAAUCAUUAUCAGGUGGUUGGAAAAUGAAAUUAGCUUUAGCUAGAGCUGUGUUGAAAAAUGCUGAUAUUUUAUUAUUGGAUGAACCAACUAACCAUUUAGAUACUGUUAAUGUUGCUUGGUUAGUCAACUACUUACAAACUUGUGGUAUUACUUCAAUCAUUGUUUCACACGAUUCAGGUUUCUUAGAUAACGUUUGUCAAUACAUUAUCCAUUAUGAAGGUUUCAAAUUAAGAAAAUAUAAAGGUAAUUUGUCAGAAUUUGUUAAAAAAUGUCCAUCAGCUCAAUCAUAUUAUGAAUUAGGUGCUUCAGAUUUAGAAUUCAGAUUUCCAGAACCAGGUUUCUUAGAAGGUGUUAAAACUAAACAAAAAGCUAUUGUUAAAGUUUCAAACAUGAGUUUCCAAUACCCAGGUACUUCAAAACCUCAAAUUCAAGAUAUUAAUUUCCAAUGUUCAUUAUCAUCAAGAAUUGCUGUUAUUGGUCCAAAUGGUGCUGGUAAAUCUACUUUAAUUAAUGUUUUAACUGGUGAAUUGUUACCAACUACUGGUGAUGUUUACGUUCAUGAAAAUGCUCGUAUUGCUUAUAUUAAACAACAUGCUUUUGCUCAUAUUGAUAACCAUUUAGACAAAACACCAUCAGAAUAUAUUCAAUGGAGAUUCCAAACUGGUGAAGAUAGAGAAACUAUGGAUAGAGCUUCAAGACAAAUUAAUGAAGAAGAUGAACAAAAUAUGAACAAAAUUUUCAAAAUUGAAGGUACCCCAAGAAGAGUUGCUGGUAUUCAUUCAAGAAGAAAAUUCAAAAACUCUUAUGAAUAUGAAAUUUCAUGGAUGUUGGGUGAAAAUGUUGGUAUGAAAUCAGAAAGAUGGGUUCCAAUGAUGUCAGUUGAUAACACUUGGUUACCAAGAGGUGAAUUAAUGGAAACACACGCUAAAAUGGUUGCUGAAGUUGAUAUGAAAGAAGCUUUAGCAUCAGGACAAUUUAGACCAUUAACUAGAAAAGAAAUUGAAGAACAUUGUUCUAUGUUGGGUCUUGAAGCUGAAUUAGUUUCUCACUCAAGAAUUAGAGGUUUAUCAGGUGGUCAAAAAGUUAAAUUAGUUUUAGCUGCUUGUACAUGGCAAAGACCUCAUUUAAUUGUUUUAGAUGAACCAACCAAUUAUUUAGAUAGAGAUUCAUUAGGUGCUUUAUCAAAAGCUUUGAAAGCUUUCGAAGGUGGUAUCGUUAUCAUUACACAUUCAGCUGAAUUUACUAAAGAUUUAACUGAAGAAGUUUGGGCUGUCUUGGAUGGUAGAAUGACACCAUCAGGUCAUAACUGGGUUCAAGGUCAAGGUUCAGGUCCAAGAUUAGAAAAGAAAGAAGAUGAAGAAGAUAAAUUCGAUGCUAUGGGUAAUAAAAUUGCUGGUGCUAAAAAGAAGAAGAAGUUAUCAUCAGCUGAAUUAAGAAAGAAAAAGAAGGAAAGAAUGAAGAAAAAGAAGGAAUUAGGUGAUGCUUAUGUCAGUUCAGAUGGUGAAGAUUUUUAAAUAAACUGAACAACCUUAAUUUGUAAUGAACUAUUAAUUAUCCAUUUUAUCGUUAUAGAAUUUGUAUAGUUUUUUGAUAAAAUAAAUAAAAAUAUCUAAAAACUGUUGAUCUCGUAUUAUUUUGUAUGUAUCUCGCCAAAAAGUAAUUUUGCAACAAAAUUAAUGAAGAAUGUUAUACUUAUAUUUUAUAUAUUUACAGUAGUAUUAUGUGCUUAUACAAAUCAAUUGAAUGUUAGUCAGUUGUUGUUUAAGAAUUUCAGUCAUUCAGUGAAGCAACCGAAUUGGAAUUUAUCAUAUGCUCCAUAUUCUGUUUUAUGUCCUGCAACAAGUUUAAUUAGAUUGGCAAAUAAUUCAUUAUGUGACGAGGAAGAAGAUUAUAUAAGAAAAAGACAUAGUUUAACUGAAUCAGUUCUUAAAUCGAUGAUUAAAAUACCUAAUUUUGACGUGGAAGAGUUUUGGAAAAUGAAAUCGGAACCAAUAAAUAUUGCAAUAGCGCUAUCAGGAGGUGGUUAUAGAAGUUAUUUAACAGCUUCAGGAAUUAUGUCAGCAUUAGAUAAUAGAAAUUUGAUUAGUUCUUCAGUAAUGGGUAUUUUACAAGCUACAAGUUAUAUUGGCGGAAUUUCGGGUGGUUCAUGGUUAGUUUUAAGUCAAUUUAUUAACGAUUUUCAACCAAUUUAUAAACUUAGAAAUAAAGGAGGAUGGAAUUUAAAAGAUUCAUUAUUAGAAGGAGUGCCAAAUUUUGAUCCAAAAAUGAUAAAUAUGAUAGUAAUAAAAAGCAACCACACAGUAAAGAAACAAAGUAUGUUUAAAUGGCUACUAGGAAACUUUAAGAGUAAUGAAAAGAAAUGUGGUACUGAAAAGACAUGGGUAUCAAAAUUCAUGAAAGAGGAUACAAAUACAACCAUUGAAAAUGUAAAGAAAUAUAUUAAUUUUUAUAAGGAAUUAAUUAUCGAGGUCAAAGAUAAAAAGAAAGCUGGUUUUCAUGUUAGUUUAACUGAUUAUUGGGGCAGAGCAUUAUCAAGAAAAAUAUUCGGUAUAUCAACAAGAAUACCUGGUGUUACAUUUACCGCAGCUACUUCAUUUUUGGAAAGUUUCAAAACUUAUCAACAACCAUUUCCUAUAAUAGGUACAAUUGAGAAAGAUCCAAGUUUUGAAAAUACAAACUUGAAUUCCCAUUUAUUCGAAUUUACACCUUUUGAAUUUGGUAGUUGGCAAAACCAAUUAAACGCAUUUAUUCCUAUAAAGUUUCUAGGAUCAAAAUUAAAUGAUGGUAGAUCUACUUAUACAUAUAAUUCAAAUCAAUCAUUUUGUAUUUCAGGGUUUGAUAAUAUUGGAUUUAUAGCGGGUACAUCAUCUUCAUUAUUUAAUCAUGUAUUUAUCUAUUUAUAUAAGGCUUUGGAAUCAUUACCUAAUGAAGUCAAAUUUCUUAUUGAAAAUGGAUUAAAGAUGUUUGGAUUAAGUUCAGAAUGGAGAACAUUAAAGAAACCACAAUUUCACCCUGAUUAUGCAUUAUACUCUCCAAAUCCAUUUUAUAAUUUAUCAACUACUAAAUUUAAAAACUCAAGUAUAUGUGAGAAACAAGAUUUGUUUUUAGUUGAUGGUGGUGAUGAUGGUCAAAAUAUUCCAUUUGGUUCAUUAUUAAUUAAAGCUAGAAAAAACGAUAUAAUAUUUGCUUAUGACAUGAGUAACGAGUUAAAUAACUGGCCAAAUGGAACUGUUUUAUUAAAAACAUAUCAAAAGUAUACUCAAGCAAAUAAUGAAGUACCUUAUUUCAAAUUUGACAACCAAAUUAAGUCAGUGUUUCCAAAAAUUCCAUAUCCCGAGGAGGUUAUUCAACAUGAUGUCAAUUAUCCAAUUGUUUUGGGUUGUGAUGCAGAUAAAGAUUAUCCAACUAUUAAUAUAGCAUAUCCAGAAACAACUUAUGAAGAUUAUUUACCUCCAUUAAUCAUUUAUACACCAAAUAGAGGUUAUACAUUCAUGUCAAAUACUUCAACUUUUAAAUUAAGUUACACACAAGAGGAAAUUGAUGGUAUGAUAACUAAUGGAUGGAAUUUAGCAACUUACAUGAACAACCAAAUAUUUGGAAAAUGUGUAUCAUGCUUCAUUCUUAAAAGACAAUUUGAUAAAUUACAAUUUACACCACCUAAAUUUUGUCAGAUUUGUUAUCAAUCAUUUUGCUACAAUUGGUAGCAACUUUAAAUUGCAACACCAUAAAAAAUUAAAGGGAAAAAUAUUUGUUCAAUUUUAUAAAUAUUAUAUUAGAAUAUGGCUGGGAUUAGACAGAUUAGAAUUAUAGGAUUAACAAUAUUAGUUUUUGCUUUAAUAUUCAUAUUACAUAGAGCUGGAUCAAGUGCAGCAUCAUUAGUUCAUGCACAAGCAUCAGAUCAAAUUGCAAAUAAAAAUAAUCAAGAAUUUCAACAACAAGAAUAUAAAUUAAAAAGUAACAAUGGUGAAACAGUAGUAAGUAAUAAUAUAGUAGAUUCCAAAAAUGAUGAAAAAACAGAUGCAGAAAUUAAUAAAUCAAUACUGAAGGAAAAAACUGAAGAAGAAGCUGAAUUAAAUGAAGAUAAUAAAUUAAAAUCUUCAACUCAACCAAAAAAGCAAUCACAAAAUAUUAAUUCAGAUUCUUCUGUUGAUUAUGAUGCAGCUUCAGAUUUAAUUAAAAUUAGAUCUCUAUCACCAAUGACUAUUUUUUCAAAAACUUAUUGUCCAUAUUCAAAAAAAUUGAAAAAUUUAUUAUUAAGUAAAUAUUCAAUUAUACCAACACCAAAUGUUGUCGAAUUAGAUAAACAUAAAAAUGGUAAAGCGUUACAAGAAUAUUUAUAUGAAAAAUCAGGUAGAUCUACUGUUCCAAAUGUUUUAAUUGGUAAAUCAUUUGAAAGUAGAGGUGGUUCAGACGAAUUUUCAAUUUAUGAAAAAGAACAAGAAUUAAUUUCAAAAAUUGAAGAAUGGGGUCAAGGUAGAAUAAAAGUUACAAAAAAUGAUGCACCAUCAAAUGCAUAG